AUGGACACGUCGGCACUGCGAGAGUUCGCCUUCAAGAAGCUGCAAGAGGCCAGAGAGCGAGGCACGGAGCUCGCGGCUGUGACAGCUGCACGCGCGGCCUCGUCUAUCUCUAGCUCCGUGCCGGUAUCUUCGUCGUUCGUCUUCCGCUCGCCAAGCUCGACAGCUCCACAGGAGCUCUCGCAGCCAGAGUCACUGGAGCAGAAGCUCGAGACGCUAAAGGCGUCGAAUGACUCGCUGCGUGCGGCGCUGACGGGCAGCUCGUCCGGACCCGUGGACGAGAGCAUCCACAAGCUGGACCUGAUCAACGAGUCGCUGGCAUUUACUAUUGAAAACGUCCAGGGAGGCUCUCACGCGAUGAAGCUGUUGCAUCGCCAUAUGAAGGACACUGCGGCUAUGCAGAACCAUAAGCAUCAGGCUUUCUACCGACGCCGUCCGAAGGUUGGGUAA